CAAGAAGGUGGAAAACAAUGCCAAGUCCAUCAACAUCAUCUAUUGUGCCGUUAACCCGGAUGACUACCGGAAGAUUUCUUGUUGAACCACCGCAAAGGAAAUGUGGGACAAACUAGAAAUCACCUACGAAGGUAUGGAUCAAGUCCGAGAAGCUAAAAUUGAUGUUCUAACCCAUGAAUAUGAAUUGUUUCGUAUGAAGGAAAACGAGAAAAUCGAUGAGAUGUUUGAACGGUUCUCCAAAAUCGUCAAUGAUCUUCAUGCUCUCAAGAAAACGUACACGGACAAGGAGCUAGUGAGAAAAAUCCUGCGGAGUCUCACACCGGAGUGGCGCUCUAAAGCCGAUGCCAUUCAAGAGUCCAUCGGCAUCACCAACGUCACUAUUGACGGACUUAGAGGUAACCUCAAAACCUAUGAGUCCACCAUUCUAUUCCCUUCUUUAGGUGAACAAAAGAAGAAGGGGAUUGCACUCAAGGCUACCUCAAUCCAAGAACCCGCCAUGGAAGAAUCAAGCGAUGAGGACAACGAGUUCGGGCUCGUCAUCAAAAAAUUCCACAAGUUCAUGCGAAAAGAGUAUGAACGAAAGGGAAAAAAGCAUGGAGGACCACCCAAGUGCUAUGGGUGUGGAGAAGUUGGGCACAUCAAGCCAAAAUCCCAAAUGCCAAAAACGAGAAGGAAAAGAAACCGUUCAAGAAGCACCGAGCUUACAUUUCAUGGGGAGGUGAUUCCGGCGACGAAUCAUCGGAAGGCGAAGAAAACGAAAGUGCCAAUCUUUGCCUCAUGGCACACGAGGAACCACCGGAAGAGUAAGGCUUAUAGAGUCUUCAACAAACGCACCUUAACCGUUGAGGACUCUCCUCAUGCUGUCUUUGCCGAAAAUGAGACUCGCUUGGCGAGAAAGGUUUCUUGUGAUGAUCUUAUAGAUUCGUUGGAAAACAUCUACGACGAUGACAAAGUAGACAACUCAAAGGAAAGCCAAGAUGAAGAAGUAGAGCCACCCGUAAACGAGGAACAACCACAAGAGGAGGAAACGCCAAUGCCAAGAGCAUGGAGGACUUCACAGAACCAUCCUCUUGACAAGGUGAUCGGUGACAUCAACCGAAAGGGGGAACAAAGCAAAUCGAUUUUUUGUCUCGAGACUUGGUGUAAAUCGAUUUACAAGCUUGUGAAAAUCGACUAUCACAGCCCGCUGAAAUUUGGAGCUGAAACUGAAGGAGCCAGAGGUCAAAGAAAAAGAUCCCGUACCGGCAAGAACGUGGCUUCUUCCUCGGCUCCUCUACCACCGGCGCACAAGUACCUCGACGGGUCGUUCCUUUGGUUCAACGACCACGUAGAGGCGACGCGGUUCUCGGAGAAAUUUGAGAACCGAGAGAUUCUCCCUCACCGAUUCUCCACCGCCCCGUUCAUUCUUGACUCCAUUCCACGUGAGGCACGGGUUAUCCUCGAACGUGGAAACUUCCUCGAUCUCCUCUACAUCAAGAAGGUCAAUUAUCACCCCUUUCUUGUUCGAGCUUUCUACUCGAACUUGAAAAAGGAUGAGGACGGAGCGUUGAUCUCUAACGUCAACGGGGUGGACAUCUAUUUGAAUGAGGAGAACAUUCAAAUUCUCACCGGGCUUCGUCGGGAUGGACAGGAUCUCGGGCUCUACGUUGGAGAAGAAGGAGCACGGUUCAAUGAGACCGCCCUCUUAGAGGAAGUGGGCAUCCGACACUUCAUCCCCACUCCCCAACAGCGGCGCCCUACGAUUGCUUCCAUGAGUCCCGUGUUUCGAUUCAUUUUUUGUGUUUUGACACGGAUUCUCAAGCCUAGGAAGUUCAAUCACACCACUCUCUCCCAGGAGGACACAAAGACAAUUCAUGCAAUGAUUCACAACGCCAAUCUCAAUUGGUGUAAAUUUGUGAUGACUCACAUGUUCACGGCCACCUCCGACAAUUGGCCGCUCCCCUACGCCCUCCUUGUCAUGGCGAUUCUUAAAGAGUAUAACAUCAAUACCGAUGUUGGGCCAAAGAUAAAGGGGACAAAGCAUUGGGAGAUUGAUGAAUCCUCUUUCCACUCGGGCACCGACUAAACUCCGUUUCGACAGCCUCGUCCACGCCGCCAACCGAGAGCCACUGCCUCAACCGCCACCACUUCGACCUAUCCUUCUCUCGCCGAGCAAAUGGCAGCCUUAACCGCCACUCUCUCUCUCGGAUUGAAACCAACGUCUCCAAAACGGCACACAACGUCAAUACCUUGAGCCGUGAACUUCACGGGUAUUUUGACUUUGUCAAUUACCCGUACGCUCAAAUGGUCCCGUACGUUCCUCCACCGAAUUUCGGAGGUGAACAAAGUGGGACUCAAAAC